UUUUUUUUUCCCCCAGCUAGUGCUUAGCGCCCUAAGGCUGGAAUUGUGAAAUAUGCAGCUGCUCGCUUGAAAUUCCUUCCUGCUGCCUGUGUGGGAUUUCCGUCAAAGCCGCCGAAUCGCGAUUCAUCUCUCCACUUCCGCCGCGGAACCCAGCCGCCAUGGCGCUGCUCGUCGUGUCGUGGCUCCUCUCGCUGCUGCUGUCGCUCACCAGCCACGUGGACGCAGCGCAGUGGCAAGAUUGCGGCUCCGGGCACGUGCCGGUCACGGUGCAAAACGUUACGAUGCUGCCCGACCCGCCAGUCAGCGGCUCAGAAUUCACAGUCGUGCUGCCCGCCGUCACAGGCGAGCGCAUCCAGUCGGGAGUAGUCAGGGUGACGGUGGCAUACUACGGGUGGCCCGUCUACGCCUCCAACGUGCAGCUCUGCGCCAAGACGCUGUGCCCCGUGCUGCCAGGGGAAUUCACCUUCUCUAACUCGCAACCGCUGCCGUACAUCACACCUGCUGGGCCUUACACUCUCUGGCUCAAGGCACGGAACAAUAAUGGCAGCCCUCUUUUUUGCACCAAGGUGGAUUUCAACAUUGUGCGACCACAAGCGAGGAUGGGCUCCUCCAAUCGCCGUGUACAGACAGCUUAGUGCUAAUUCUUGGUCGCCAUAGACUAGACAGGCACAUGAAGGCUCGUCCAGUCAUGUACGAACAGCUUUUUUGUAGACUAGUUGUAGUUCGUUGGGAUGGUUGGGUAGGGCUUUGUGCAAAAACGUGUCUGCUUUGGAAGUAACACGAUCCAUGAUAGGUCUAUCAUGAAAGGUUGUGCCAAUAUACUGUCAACAUAUAUUUUGUAUAUGUUAUAGGCUAGAUAAGGGCAUGUUC